AUGGGUGUAAAAAAAAGGUCAGUUCCGAGAAACGGCAACUUGUCAAAGAACUACAUGCUCCAGCAAGAAAAAAUUUCCCUCGAAGACACGUUACAGUUCGAGGUUACGACGACCUGUGGCAAGCUGACAUCGUCGAUAUGCGUGCAUACUCACGUUUCAACAGAGGCUACCACUACAUACUCACCGUCAUCGAUGUGUUGAGCAAGCAUGCGUGGGCCAUACCGCUCAAAACUAAGGGUGGGAGCGAGACGGCUGAAGCUAUCGCUAAGAUAAUUCGAGAGAGUAGGAGAUGUCCGAGAAACUUGCAAACCGAUAUGGGGAAGGAAUUUUACAAUGCUGACGUGCAAGGACUUGUGAAAAAACAUAACAUCAAUCUCUAUUCCACUUAUUCCGUAAUGAAAGCGUCGGUGGUCGAGCGAUUUAAUCGCACGUUAAAGAAUGAUAUGUGGAAGAUGUUCACGUUCAACGGAAGUUACAUGUGGAUGGAUUUAUUACCGCGACUCGUCACAGAGUACAACGCGCGCAAGCACCAUCGGCAUGCGGCCUGUCGAAGUUACCCCCGCGAUCGCCGACAGGCUCUUAAAAACAGUGUACAGCCACGUAAAAAUUGCAGGUCCUGCAAAGUUCAAGAUAGGUGAUCAGGUGCGCGUCAGAAAGUACAAAACGAUUUUCGAGAAGGGUUAUACACCAAAUUGGACCACCGAGGUAUUUAAGAUUGUUAAAGUACAACGCACCAAUCCUGUAACCUAUCUACUUGAGGAUUAUCGUGAAGAACCCAUCGCUGGAGCGUUCUACGAGUACGAACUGCAUCGUGCAACUUAUCCCGACGUGUAUCUCGUCGAAAAGAUAUUGCGUAGGAGGGGUGACAAGGUUUAUGUGAAAUGGCUAGGAUUCGAUGAGUCGCACAAUUCUUGGAUACACAAGGACAAUGUGGUUUAAUCAUAUAGUCUUUUUAAGAAAACAAUUUUUUAAUUCAAAAUAUAUAUAAAUGUGUGUAACAAACAGCUGUACAAAAUACAAGUAUGAAUAUAUACAAGAACUUUUUAUGUUAAAUUUUAGUUUUAUGAUUCCCAUUAAAGAUGCAACGUUCGAGACAUUUGUCAAAUAUUUUUUCUUCUAGACCCAACAAUGCUUGGACAUUUUAUGAACGGUAACUGCAUCGUACACUGAAAAAAAUUUCUGGUUGAAUAUGGACGAAUCAGAUAAUUC